AAACUGUCAUGCCACUGUCAUUGUCAUUAAAUGGCUGCCAUUCUUGCUUGAUGGAAAAAUAUUUUUGUCUCUGAGAGAAAAUCAAUUUUCGUGCAUUUACAGCCCCCAAAGUGCUCUGAAAAUACCCCAUUUUCACUCGGGGAGUUACAAAAAAUAUCGUGACGUAGAAUUUUCUUGGGGGACGUUUCAAAAAAAGCCGUUGGAAAGUUUGUUUAUUUAUUUUGGGUGCAAUUUGAAUGCACGUCCACUGUGAAAUGCAAACCUUCCGGUGAUUUCCGGAAGUUCUCAAACCCACACACACAGGAAAACCGAAAACACAGCCAGCAAGCAUGGAUGAGCAGAGGAUUGAUGAUGAAGCAUGUCAGGAGGAUGUUGAAGAGUGUCCGGAGAGUAAGGAAGAUUUCUCGAAUGACGACACAAGUUCAGAUUCAUCCGGAGAUGAUAGUGACAGUGACACAGAUUCCCAAAUCUCAUCAAUUUCCGACAUUCUCCAUGUUGCCAUUGAUCCAGCAUCGAGGAGUUGGAUUCAAUCGCAACUUUUGUCAGGGAUGAGCCCUAGAGCUAUCCUUGGGAACCUUGUGGGUGAUGGAGCCGUACCUGAGGGUCUAUGCAACAUGUCUCUGUGGUACAUAAUCUCCUUCCUGGCACAGGCAGCCACAAAGCGUCAGAAGCUCCAGCAUAUUGACACAAUUUCGGAUGUUGUGAAGCUCCUGCGCACGUCAUCACGUAUAAUUGUUCUCACGGGAGCUGGGGUGUCCGUAUCUUGUGGCAUUCCGGACUUUCGUUCACGCGACGGCAUCUACAGGCGCCUCGCGGAGGACUUUCCCGAUCUCACCGAGCCACAGGCAAUGUUCGAUAUUGGGUACUUUGGGCGGGACCCGAGACCCUUCUACCGUUUUGCACGAGAUAUUUAUCCAGGGCAAUUUGAACCGAGUCCCUGUCAUCGUUUUAUCCGUCGCCUAGAGCGCUGUGGGCGUCUCCUGCGGAAUUACACGCAGAACAUUGAUACACUGGAGCGUGUGGCUGGCAUCGAGCAGGUUAUCGAGUGUCAUGGCUCCUUUGCCACAGCCUCGUGCACACGGUGUGGCCACAAAGUCCCCUCGACAGCCAUUGCGGAUGAUAUUAAAGCCCAGCGGAUCCCACUUUGUCCCGUAUGCCAGCCUGAGAAGGAAUCCCCACCGGCAGCUGGAGAUCUUCCCCCGGGGCUUGUGGCCAGUGGUAUAAUGAAGCCAGAUAUUGUCUUCUUCGGCGAAGGUCUCCCAUCGGCCUUCCAUGACGCCAUUAUGACGGAUCGAGAUUCCUGUGACCUGCUCAUUGUGAUAGGAUCCAGCCUAAAGGUUCGUCCCGUGGCGCUAAUUCCCAGCUCAAUCCCAGCAAAUGUUCCCCAGAUUCUGAUAAAUCGUGAACCUCUGCCACACAUGUGCUUCGACGUGGAGCUUCUCGGGGAUUCAGAUGUUAUCAUUGAUCAUCUCUGUCAGGAAUUGGGUGGUGAGUGGCGUGACAUUUGCUGGCGCGAAGGGAGACUCCAGGAAAGGGCCACAGUACACGUACCGAAGCUCUCCCCUAAUGGGGAGACACUCGAUGGGGUUCCGGAGCAAAAUCAGGUGGUACCAGCAGCUCCAUCAUGCCAUCGGGAUGAUUCUGGACUGGGGGAGUCCAGCAAUAGUUCCGAAUGCAAAUCCGACAUGUUCUACCGUCUCCAUGGGGGCACCUACAUCUUCCCAGGGGCUGAAUAUGAACGCCCCCCAAUGGGGCUCCUGAAGAGACCGCACGCAGUGGACGAGGAGGAGGAUUCAAUUGACGGGGUUGCCCCCAAGCAGCCGAAACUGUGACAAGCAAUCGGGGUGGGGGGUACAACAAAGUAAAAAAAAAAAGAAAAUAAAAUAAAUUAACCCACGUAAAA